GCGAAGUGGGAGGGGUCAUGAGAGGUCCAUGCAGUUCGACAUAGUUCGACAGGGACCUCACGCGUGAACGAGGGGAAGAUGGUGAAAUUGCUUGCGCCAUGGAAGCGCCAUCGGCGGAGGAGUUGGGUGAUCGGCGUAGCCCUUUUUGCGAUGGUGCCGGCCUUCGUCUCACCACCAAACUCGAUGCCACCAGAGCCCGAGCAGGAGCUUUCAAGACGGCAGCUGUUACCAUUGCUCGGUCUUGCUUGCCUACCAUUGUCGUCAACGCCUUGCGAUGCUGAAGCCAUUUGGCGAUCUUUGCCGGGUGAGUCGGAGGAUUUGGCGGAGGCCUAUCCCGGCCGUUUCGUGGCAUACUUGACGCGCUUCCUGCUGAACUUUGACACGGACUUUCAAAACCUAUGGAAAAGUGCCAAGGAAAGCGAAGUUUCGAUGGGACCGCUGCAAUCACGAGAAUUCCAGCGAAAUGCACGCUUUGCACGGUUUUCCCGCACUGUGCAGCUUUCCCUUUCUAACUUUGCGCCAGACAAAAGCAAGAGACUGCUGGAAGUCCUGCUCAAGGACUACGGGAACACCACUGAAGCCAAACGACAGUCGCCUGGUGAGAAGCACACCGGUGCAGCACCAUGCCCGGCUGGGCUCAGAUUCAGUUUGUUGUUGAUGAGACUUGGACCAUGCCCAAGGAUUUGCAUCCUGUUUUCGCUCCUUCAGGGGCCAAAUCAGCAGCCGGUCUCGGAGUUGCGAAGGUUGCUGCGCUCAGUGGAGAAUGCGUCCGUUUCGCAGGUAGAUGUUGUUGACGGCGGCAAUUUUUCGCUGAGAGAUGGGGCACAGGUGAAGGAGGUCAUGCUGGAAUUGCCCACGCCACCGGGCUUAGGUGGUAGACCAGCGAAGAUUUAUUGUCAGUUGAAAGCCGUGAAUGCCACCAUUGGCAGCACCAUUCUAUGCGUGGACUCGGUGGUAGUGGCGAGCAAAGGCUCCGGCUAUGCCAGGGACAUGGACUUCACCCCAAAGGUUUUGCUACCGGAAAACCUCACGAUGGAACGUGCUCCCAAUUUCACCGUGCAGCUGACCCGCCCUUCGCGGUUCCCCCGCGAACGAGCCAAAGAGGCACUUGCAGACGAGCUUAAAAGCAAGAUGACCAAUUUGCUUCCGCCGUUUGUACUGCCUGCGUACAAUGCAAAGCUGGACCGCUUGGUUCCUGAUCAGAGCUUGCCCUUGACCCCAGAUCCAACACCGCCAGAGGAAGGAAGGCGAUUGGACGAGGUCUUUGGCAGCGACAGGCAAGUUGAUCGUUUUCGAUCUGAUUUUGUUUUCGCGGAGUUUGACUCCACCUAUGGUCCAGUGGGCAUCUCGCCGCUGGAGCGGGAGCGGCAACUUUAUCCAAGCGACUACCUUCGACUGAUGCUGUCAGGUGCUUUGGCCGGCGUGGUCAGGACAGCCCUCUUCCUGCCAGUUCAGAGUGUGAAGGUUCGCAUGCAGACGGACCAAAAUCUUGGCCGCAAAGGCUUCAUUCCAGCGCUCAAGGAGGUCGUUACGACGGAGCCAACAGGCAAUUUGUUCCGCGGCAUCGAUGUGGCCCUGACCUUCUCUGCCAUCUUCGGUUUUUUUAGCUUUGGCGUUAAGGAGUACUUGUCUAGAGAGCUGGUGAUUCAAUUUCCUGGCUUGAAUGAACUUUUGGCAGUGAUACUCGCCAGCAUCGCCAGUGUUGUGAUCACUCUGAUUUUUGCAACCCCAUGGGAGGUGCUGACCACAAAGAUAAUGGCCAGAAGCGAAAGAUUCUGGGGGUUCUCCUUGCUUAAAGAUUUGCUCCAAGAGAGCUUGCCAAAGGCAGUGAGUGAGCUUUAUAAAGAGUACUGGCUUUUGACCAGCAAAGAGCUAGCCUUCGUGACGACCAAGUUCUUGAUUUUUGACUCCUUGCGCGAAGCAUUGCUCUUUUUUGUGCCCGCCUUCGUCGAGGCGCAGCCUCUCCUCAUCGCAUGCUUUUGCGGUGCCCUUGCCGGAGCAUGUGGAGCGAUUACAUCGCACCCUAUUGACACCAUUUUUGCUUUGCGCACCACAGGUGGUGGCACAGAGAUUCCUAGCCUUGACAAGCUGUUUCGCGGAGUUGGGGCACGAGUGCUCAUCUACUCACCUGGCAUUGCAUUGACCUUCUUGGUGUAUGAUGCUGCCAAGACCUACUUUGGAGUUGGGGGCAAUGCUUUGAUGCAAACCUUGGAUUUACUUCGGCCAUCCUAGUGGCGGCGCCCGCAGCGGUUGAUUAGGGGCUCAUGUAGGGCUGCGGCCGCGGACUGCAUGGACAGGCCUACAAGGACUUGAGCAGAAGACAUCCUGACAACAGCCAAGAUCCGCCACUUGUAGCGCAUCCAGGUUUGAACAUCUAGUUUGAGCCUGAAAAUCAUGUGAUCCGUGAUCCGAGGGAGCGAUCCGGGUGAUCCGUGUGAUCCGUCGUUGUGGUGUUUUUUCACUCGGGGCGAUUCCGAGUUGAAGAUAUUAAGUCAGUCUUCAAGCUUUGGUUGUUGCAACCGCUUCUGUGACGAUAGUGACAUAUAGUGAUGCAAUAUAGUGACUAUACAUGACUAUACAUCAAUUAUUCGGCACCGUACGCCUCCUCAGAACCUUUGCAUUGCUGUAUGGGAUUGCUUAGGAAAGGGGUUUGCGCUUCAGGGCUGUAUGGUGCUUCAUUGGUUUAAAAAGACGCUGUGGACAUUUGCUAGCAGAACUCAACCAGAUGAUAUACUAUAUCCUGACUGAGCAGUAUAUAGUUUGAAACCAGACUGGCUUGAGUUUCAAGUUCAACACAACUUGGGAGCUGUACUUGAAGGACGCAAA